AUGGAUACAGACCUCAAUCGCCGUCUUCUUCUCUCCUCUAGACUCCUCCACGCCGCAGCCGCGGAUUCGCGCACCUUCGAGUUAGAGACUCAGCGGGCGCUUGCUGGGUAUGACUCCUCUGCUACCACCCAUCUCGUUUCGGCUGCGGGUCCGUUCUACAAUUCGAGGAUCUGGCAGAUUCCGAAGCAGUAUGGAAUUGGCGCGACGGGUGUUGGGGGUGAGCACGCGGUCAAAGCCAUUAUCGCGAAGGAUUCAGCGGAUCGGAUCUUCGUUAUCUUUCGUGGGCAGCUGUCGUUUGCGGAUUUCGCGCCCGACGGAAUCCUCACCAAGAUUAACCCCGACACAGCGCCUUUGCCGCCAUUCCCGUCGACUGCGUUGCCGUAUGCGAGGAUCGUUGCGAAAGCGCAGAAGGAAGAUGUUAGUCAAGGAACGAAUAAGUAUACGAGUGGGGGUACGUAUGUACAUUUAGGUUUCUGGGCGUUGUGGUAUGCGGCGGAGGGGUUGGAGACGAGGAUCAUGAGGGAGUUGAGUAUUAUGCUCGCUUCGAUGAAAACGGAUGCGAAGCCUGAGAUUUGGAUCUUGGGAUAUGGGAUUGGUGGUGCGAUUGCGAGUUUCGCAACACAGUCCAUUCUAACACUCCUCUCCCCACCCCACGUCUUCUCCACCCUCUUCCCCAACACCCAAACCCAAAUCCAUCACCACACCUUUUCAUCCCCACCCAUCGGAAACUACGCCUUCCGCACUCACUACGACAAACAAGUCACCUCCAACAUCGACUCAAUUUCCCUCCGCUUCGACAACGACCCCCUCCCCACCAUCUUCGACUAUCUCGUCGCGGACGCCGAAGCCGCGGGCCGACACGGCGACGGCAGCGGACAACGCGUCCCACCCGCCGAAGCAAACGCAUACGGACUCAAAAUUGGAGCAGGGUGGCACGUCCUUAACACCCUCCGCACCUGUUCCCUCUUCAACGCGUUCGGGACGUCCUCGACGCGUGGAGCACUCAUUCUUGCCGGAUUGCCGAAGUGGGAGAAAGUUGGGAGGGGGGUGCCGUUGCAGAGGUAUUUUGUGGAUUGGGAGAGGGUUGGGAGGGAGUUUGUUUGGAGUGAUGGGAAGGGGAGAGAUGGGGUGUGGAAAGGGGAUGAGGGGAGUAUGGAGAGGUACGUGGAUUAUGCUAGGGCGAGGGUCGGGAGGUUCAUUGGGGGUGGGUUAGUCAGGAAUGGUGGAGAGCAAUAUUCUGAUGCGAACGAGUAG